UACAUGAAGAAAGAUGCCAAAAUAUACAUAACCAAUGCCUGACAUUCUCACUGAUCAUAUCGAAAGUCCUCUUUCAACCUUCAUUGAAUCUCUCGCUCCACCAGCUGUUGCCUCACCAAAUUCCGUCCAACUCCCCCAUUUUAAUACUCUCCCCCCUCAACGCCAAAAUUUGGCCUAAUAUUUUCACUUCGGCUUUUCAUCAAACAACUUGCAAUCGAGCAUAACAUCUCCAUCGACCACCAUGACAGAGCAAAGCCCGAGACCAAAGCAAUCAGAAAUCCAUAACUUACCUCCACCGAAGUCCACCAGCGCCCGGAGCGUGUCGACACCGAGGUCGGCCACCAGCGGCGGUGGCGGAGGAAGCCGGAGGGAAACGCCGGAUUUCCACAGCACGGCAGCAAAGCUGGAGAGAGCGAAGGAGGUGUAUAGGGCGUAUGAAGGGCAUGGAGAAAGGCCGACGAUUGCGGAGAUUUUGGGAUGGUGUUUCUAUGAACUUUGCUCGUUUUUCGUUUUGGCGUUGUUGAUUCCAGUUGUGUUUCCGUUGAUAAUUAGUCAGAUUAGUGGGCCUCCGACGGCGCCGCCGCAGGGAUGGUUUAAGAGCUUUAGGGGCUUCGAUUGCUCUUCAAGAGAAAUGCAAUUGUACCAAAGUCUAACAGAGCAAACAAUAAACGUAUCCAACGCCCAAUUCUCGCCAUUAAUAUGGACCUCAAUUUCAUGGGCUGUGGGUUUGGUUCUGGCCGGCCCAAUCCUCGCCGUCGCUUCCUUCCACCUCGAUUACGGAUUCCAUCAAUACCUCAUCACUCUCGCUGCCGUCGCCGCCGGAGCCCUCACGUGUCUUCCGACAGGUUUCUUCAAAACGGUCAAGAUUUUUCCUCUUUACAUUAUUUUAAUCGUCAUUGCUCACUCUGUCGCCUCCACCUCCCACACGCGCCACCUCGGCCUCAUGCUCCGUGGCCUCACUGGACCGAUUAUCCACAAAGCCAAAUUUUCCCUCAGAAUAAUCGGAUCCGGUCAGAUUUCGUCCUGGUCUGCCGGCGUCGGCGGUGUGGGUGCCGCUGCUAUCUCCGCCUUCACUUACCACAUGCUUCGAAGUGACAAGCAAGUUCAAGGAAUCGACAGCCACUUCCUCAACCUAUGGAUCGUCACGAUCUUCGCCGGCCUAAAAUGGCUUAUCGGAAUUUUUCAUGUCUUCCUCACAAAUCGAUCAAUCUCUGUAUCAAUUCCUUCCGAUUCAGAGAUUCACAUUCUUUCAAUUUUUAAAUAUCCUCACGCAAUCGCCACCGUUAUCUCCGGCGGAUUCCUCUCUUCCUUCGCCACAAUCUCCAUCUUCACUUCCGUUUUACUCUUCCUGAUCAGCCAAAUCUGCUUCAAGCCAGUUUUAAUCUUCUAUCUAUUGUUAAUCUACUUCCUCGUCCCUCUAAUUUCUCUUCCAUUACUCCAUCAACUUCAGAUCCGAAUCAAAGCCGACGCCUCAAAAAUGCUGAUUCUUGGGUUCAUCCUCUCCGCCGCCACUUCCGCCACCUGUUUCUACUUCCACGCCUACGCGUGGCAGCGGCACCUGGUCUUCGUCUUUGCCGUUCUUCAAGGCACGGCAGCGGCGGUUCUUCAUGCGUACGGAAGAGCUUUAGUGGUUCAUUGUUCGCCUGCAGGGAAGGAAAGUGCGAUUUCGAUGUGGUUUUCAUGGAUGCGAGCAAUCGGCGGUUGCGUUGGAUUUACGGUUGCGGCGGUGGUUCCGACGAUGUUGCAGGUUUCUUCCGGUGUGGUGUUUUGUUGCGCCGUCGUUGGAGGAAUGUUGUUGAUUUUCGGUAAUGUUACUGAUUACGAUGGCGCUGUGGCGGCGGGGCAUGUGAGAGAUGACAGUGAAAAGGGUUCGCCGGUAUUUGGACUGGAUUCUCGGAGUGAGAGUAAAGAACUUGAGUCGCCCUGAGAAUUUUGAACGAUCGUUUUAAUUUAUUUACGAUUUUUGAAUAUUCUUUGCUCGUAAUAAAAAGGGGUUUUUUCAAAACCAAAUUGUGAAUCAAUUCUUCUUUUUUGGUUUGUUUAUUUAUUUAUAUUUUUUUUAUACGAGAGGGAAAUUCAAACCUCAA